AUGGAAAAUGCCAAGGUAUCUGCUAGGCCCCCAGCAUUUCCUCUGCUGGAGGAGCGGCAGCGGGAGGUGGACAGAACACGACAGAGGGUGCGAUACAGACACUGGUCCACCUUCUGGCUUCUGGAGGGGCUUCUGACGUGGCCAGCCUCAGACCCCCUGGAAGAUGAACGGCGACAGCGCAACGUAGGUGUAGAGGCCGUGAGGCAGUUCUGUGACUUCCCCGAGGGUGGUCUCCUUGGAGAGGAACGACCAAAGCGAAAAGUGCUGUCCGAUGGGGCUCUUCAUGAGGAUAUCCAACCAGAGAAGAAGGUCAAGCUGGAGGAUCGCCCAUCACCCUUUUCAUGGGAAGAGAAAAUGCCGGGAGGGCGAAGAGCAUAUCCGACAGUCCAAGAAGCCUAA